GCCGACCUUCGCCACGGGGCGCUGGUGCUCUACGAGAUGGUGCCCGCCGGGAGCCCCCCCUACGUCUGCUACGUCACCCUGCCCGGGGGCAGCUGCUUCGGCAGCUUCCAGGUAUUCCCAAAUAUUCCCCUGGGGUGGGUGAUCCUCUGCCCGCCAACCCCUUCCCAAAUAUUCCCCCGGGGUGAGUGUUCCCCCUGCCCGCCAACCCCUUCCCCAAAUAUUGGCUGCGUUCCAGAUUCCUUCCUGUCCUCCCUCUUGCUUGGAAGAGUGGAUCCAAAAGAAACAGUCCCAGCAGCCACAGGGUCAUGCCCUCCCAGCAUCCUGGUCUUUGGGAGGAAUUUGGGAAUGGUUUGGGUUGGAGGUCAUUAAUUACUUGAUGGGCGGUUUCGACGGAGCUGAUGGAUUCCAGCUGGGAAUCCUCUGUUUCCAGCAGGAUAUGGGUGAUCCCUGAGGGAUCCAGCAGGGUGGGGGGAACCUCCACGGCCUUUUCCAAGCCCUCUCCUGCCAUCUUUCCCCUCAGUUUCUUGGGAGGAGAAAGGACUUCCAUAGGAACGUUUUCACUCCUCAGUCCCGAUGUGAUGGAGCUGAUGGAUUCCAGCUGGGAAUUUCCAGCGGGAUGGGGGCGAUCCCAGAGGGAUCCAGCGGGGUGGGGGGGACCUCCACAGCCUUUUCCAAGCCCUCUCCUGCCAUCUUUCCCCUCGAUUCCUUGGGAGGAGAAGGCACUUCCCCGGGAACGGGCGGUUUCAAACCCCUCGCGCCACCUCCUAAUUCCGCCCCCGCCCUCCCAACCGCCAUUCCCGGUGGCCCCGGGGGGGGUGUUGGGAUCCCGGGAAUGCCGUGACAGUGUCCAUGUGUCCCAGUUCUGUCCCACCAAGGCCGAGGCGCGGCGCAGCGCGGCCAAGAUCGCGCUGAUGAACUCCGUGUUCAACGAGCACCCGUCGCGCCGCAUCACCGACGACUUCAUCGAGAAGAGCGUCUCCGAGGCCCUGGCGUCCUUCAACGGCAACCGGGAGGAGGCGGAUAAUCCCAACACCGGGAUCGGGGCGUUCCGCUUCAUGCUGGAGUCCAACAAGGGAAAAUCCAUGCUGGAGUUCCAGGAGCUGAUGACGGUUUUCCAGCUGCUGCACUGGAACGGGAGCCUGAAGGCCAUGCGGGAGCGGCAGUGCUCGCGCCAGGAAGUCCUGGCUCACUAUUCCCACCGCGCCCUGGACGAUGACAUCCGGAACCAGAUGGCCCUGGACUGGGUGAACCGGGAGCAGAGCGUCCCGGGCGCCCUUUCCCGGGAGCUGGCGGCCACGGAGCGGGAGCUGGACGAGGCCCGGCUGGCCGGGAAGGAGCUGCGCUUCCAUAAGGAGAAGAAGGACAUCCUGCUGCUGGCGGCCGGCCAGCUGGGAUCCGGGCACUCCGCCGGCUGCUGAGCCCCGGGAUCCGGCCCCGGGAUCCCUUCCGGAGCUCCCGGCCCCCCUUCCCGAAUCCCGGCCCGUUUGCACAUUGGAAAGAAAUGUAGGGAAAAAGCUCCUGGGUGGAUUUUAACCGCUUCAUCCCGGUUUUUAGAGGUGCUCCUCAGUCUCCUCGUUCCCUAGAGAAUCUCUUAUUCCCUCAAGAACUACUCAUUCCCUAUGGAUCUCCUUAUUCCCUAGGGAAUUCUUUGUUCCCUACAGGAUUCUUUCUGUCCCUCGUUUUUGGGGUUAAAAACGCAGGUUUUGGCCCCUCCGCUCUCCAUCGGUACUGGAGCGGGGAGGAUUCCGUGGGAUCCAACUUUUCCUCUGGAAAAGGCCCUUGGAUCUGAUGCUUGGCACCCCUCCCUCCCAGAGCAGAAAGGGAUCAAUUAAAGCUCCUUGAUGAGCUCCUUAAUUAAAUCCCAAAGGAUCGUGAUGUGCUGUAUCCAAAGGGAUUGAAAACUGGGAUUUGGGAUUAAAUCUGGGAUCAACCGGGCAGCAUCCCAGCCCUGAGCUCAGCAGGAUCUGCAGUUCCCCCUGGAACUGUCUUGUCCAUGGCCAAACAUCAGCCUUGGCUUUUCCAUGGAAGGUUGGAAAAGCCUUGGAAGAGUUUGGGGAUGAGGGAGGGAUCUGCACUAAUCAUUCCUUUCCCCUUGUAUCCGUAUCCACGUGGAACUUAGAUGAUAUUUAGCUUUACAAAAACCCUUUUAUGGCAUGGGAUUGUUCAAACAGCUCUAGUUCACCCAAGGAAAUGGCAUUUUACCCCUGGAAAUUCUCAUCUCACUCCCCCUUUCUCCACCAGACCAGGAGUACAAACAAAAUUCCAAGCCAGAAUUCCUUUUUCACGCCAGCUUGGAGCUUUUCCCACUUCUUAUCCCCACAAACCCUUCGGGGUGCCAUUAUUCCCACCCUCUCACCCCCUUCCUCCCUCUGCCUGAGCGCAGGAUAUUCCAGCAAUAAUCAUUGUUUUGGGAUAAGAUUGGAAUAAUUCCAUGAUCCGUAGGUAUCCUGCUUUUAUAUCCACAUCCUGACGAGCCUGUUUUGGGGGUUCUAUAUUUUUUAUACUUUCACAACACUAUUAACGUUUGAUGUCGCUGGAAA